CGAGAAACAGAUGAGAGCACGAAAGAAGCCAUCACAGACGAAGAAGAAGAUUUGUUCUGGAGCAAAGGCUUAAUGGGAACUGGUUCUUCUAAUUCGUUAUUAACUACAGUAUAUUUCUAUAAUGGGAAGCUGUUUGGUUUACGUGGAGGGGAACAUAGGAAUAUUACUGUAAGAAAUAUAAGGGUGAGCGAUGAUUGUCUUAGAUUUGAAGAAAACAGCUCAAAAAGUUUCCAUGGCGGUAUUUGUGAUCUUAAGUACGUUUCUCGUGCUGUGACGCAUAUUUGUCAUGAAAGGGGUCAAACUCAUGCUCGUUGUUUGGUUGAAGUUUAUCGACUGUAUUUGGGUUUUUGUUAUUUUCCUUCUAAAAUGGACAAAGCAUUUUACUUUAGGCCCAAGAAGAAUCGUUUAGGGUUUGAUAAUGUUCCAGUUGGAAUUAAUACUUUAAAUCAAAUUUUGCCAAACAUGUGUUCAGUUGCAGGAAUUAGAAAGAAAACCGCCCAUUGUCUUAGAGUAACAUGUGCCACAUCGCUCUUUAAUGCUGGGGUUGAUGAAAAACUAAUUCGUGAACGCACGGGUCAUCGUUCAAACGCCCUUUUUCAGUAUGAGAAAGCUCACAGAGAACAAAUGGUCAAGGUUUCCUCAAUUUUAGGAACAGAAAGUAAGAAGUGUACUACUACGUCUGAUGUUGAAAUUUCACAUGAUGUAAACAAAGGGGAAGAUGCUGAUCAUGUCAGUUCUGUAUUUCAGGGAAUAACUUUCGAUAAAUGUAAUGUUAAACUCGUCAUAAAUUCUACGAACUGCGAUAACAUGUGA